AUGACCACGAAUGCAGCUUAUCUGGAACACGGCAUCCUGCCCAACAAUCGCAAUGAAUCCAGGAAACUAAUGAGGAAAGCUGCUCGGAACCUAAUCCCGGAUGGGGUUAUGUACAGAAGGGAGUUUUCCAUGCCAUUUCUCAGAUUUGGUCUACCACAGAAAAUAGUGUCUAACAACAGAAUCCAGUUUGACAGCCAACUGUUUACUGAUUUUUGUGCCAAGAAUGGCAUCACAAAAAGUUUCUCAGCAAUCUCGCACCUUCAAGCAAAUAGACAGGUAGAAACAGUUAAUAAAACUCUCAAAGACACUCUGAAGAAGCAUCUAGAAGAGGCUAAGCGUAACUGGCUAGAGAAACUGCCUGAAGUACUAUGGUCAUACAGAACUAUCAAGCAAACAUCUACUAGUGACACCCCCUUUGCACUUGCAUAUGGAUACGAAGCAAUGCUGCCAGUAGAAGUAACUCCACCAUCUCACCGACAUACAGCAUACAACCAAGAUCUCCAGUUAGUACUUGUCCCCCGUUACUGGAAUGGGGAACACCUGCAGAAGUACUACCAAUAA